CCGCCGGAAGACCUCGAACGAACGCGACCAAGCCCGCCGCCGCCGCCGGCACCACAAGACGCAGAUCUGGCCGCCGCUCUGACGAAACACGGACGCGUCCAAACGGGGCCGUCUCCCCGGGAUUGAAACGCUCACCGAACGCAUUUCGACACGAUUCAAGCCGCCGGAGAUGCAUCCGAGGUCACGCAUUCGCGGACGCGAGCCCCCGCCGCCGUCGCCGUCGGGAGGACGAUACCGCCGCCGAUCUCCACCGCCGCUGGCGCCCUCCCCGAGACACCACCGCCGGGCCCGUGACCCGCCGCCCCUGCCGCAGAGGCGCACUCCAGAACGGCCGCCGCCGCAGAGGCGCAGCCCCGAACGGCUGCCGCCGCGGCGCCUGCUGCUGGACGACAAGCCACCGCCGCCAGCGCCGCCGCCUGCGCUCCUCGUCCCCGCCGCCGACCGCCGCUGGCGGGCUGACAUCCUCCUCGAGGCCGGCCGCCUCGCGGCCCACUACCUGGUCGCCCAGGGCGUCCUCCCCGAGCACGUUCUCCACGCCCGGGAAGACCCCAGCCCCAAGAACACCAACCACACCCCAAGCCCUCGCCCGGAGGUCCCCGCUGUCCACGCCGCCGGAUACGCCAGGAAGCGGGACGACGAACCGCACCCCGAUGACGACCCCAGGUGGCCUCGCCGGAACGGCGCCGGCGCCGGUGGAGGGGACUGGGUCCGGGACAAGAGGGAGGAAGAUGACAGGCUGGCCCGGGCUAGAUCCGGCUGGGACAGAAGGACCCAGAGUUUUGACGGGAGACGCAGGUAUAACGACGGAGGAGCAGCAGGAGGUGGUGCUGGUGCUGGUGGUGGAGGGGACUGGGGCCGCGACAAGAGGGCCGACGGUGGCGGCGAUAGGCUUGCUGACCGCGGCGGCGGCGGCCGCCGGGGCAAUGCGUAUGACGAAAAGAGGAGGCCCGCCAUGGCGCGCUCCUACUCGCAGAACGACCGCAGGGCCUCCAACGAAGAUCGUCGGCCCUCUGUGGACCGCAGGCUGGACCGGAGACGGAGGAGCCGGAGCCGGAGCCGAAGCAGAAGCAGAAGUAGAACCAGGCCCAGAAACUCUUACGGUGGCGGCCGGAGGGAUUCAGAUUGGCGACCACAAAAUGGUGAUUUGGAUCAGGGCAAGGUGCCGGAGCCUACAACUGUUGCUACCGGUGACGGUUAUCUGGACCGUGAUGAUGUCGACCAUGCGCCAAGUAACCUGAAGGGACCUCGCUCGGUGGUGGUCAUGAAGGCGGAUGAUAGUGCCAGCCAUGAAUAUGAAGAGGUGGUGGUUAUGGAGGUGGAUGACGGUGCCAGCGAUGAAGAUGAAGAGGGGAUGGUAUCGGAUGAUCAUGGUGAAGACGAUGGUGCCAGCUACGAAUAUGAAGAGGUGGUGGAAUCAGAGGAAGAUGAUGGUGCCAGCCAUGAGGAUGAAGAGAUGGAAUCAGAGAAUCAUGGUCAAGACUUUCGUGGAGUCAAGGACGAUGAGGCUGCUGUUGCUGGUUUGAAUGAUGGGGUUGAAAUAAAUGCCAGGCACCAACCAUCCAUUGUGGAUGUUCAUCCAUCAGAGCCUGUUGAGGAACCGGUGCAUAUGCAGUCCCAGCUGAGCCCUGUGAAGGAGGACACGGAGGCUGGCAUUGCGCGUACGGAUGUAUGCCCGAUUGAACCAGUGGCUGAGAACAGUGGUUGCUCUGAAGUCAGAGGUGAAAUGGAGGCUCCACAAAGUGAACUUGAAACUACACUUCAUGAGGAGAUUCCACAAAAUGAACUUGAACCUGAACUUCCAGAGGAGAUUCCACAAAAUGAACUUGAAACUGGUGCUGGUGACCCAACCAAAGAUGAAGAAGAGCUGCCAGCUUGGUUUGGGAUUUUUGAUCUCAAUGUUACUGGAGCUCACGGGACAGGUGAAAUGUCUGAGAUUCCUGGUGAUCCUCCUGAAGAUCAUGUUCCUGAUUCUGUGCCUGAUCUAGAUGGUCAAAUGAGCGAACAAGCAUACUAUGAUACUACAGAAACUCAAGCUCAAGAAGAACUUGCAGAUGAUAACCACCAGUUGGAGGAGGACAGUAAGGUUCUUCUGAAUCAGGAUAUUGGUACAUAUGGCUCGAAUGAGAACGACCUGAGCAGUGAGCAGAUGCUUAUAGAUCAGGGAGCUAAUGAACAUGGACAUGGUGAUGAACAGUUGGAGGAUGAGCAAAAUCUUGUAAACAAUGAAGAAGAACCUCUAAAGCAAGAUGUGGAGGAGCACAUGGAUAAUAAUGACCAGUUGGAGGAUGAGCAAAAUCUUGUAAACAAUGAAGAAGAACCUCUAAAGCAAGAUGCGGAGGAGCACAUGGAUAAUAAUCACCAGUUGGAGGAUGAGCAAAAUCUUGUAAACAAUGAAGAAGAACCUCUAAAGCAAGAUGCGGAGGAGCACAUGGAUAAUAAUCACCAGAUGGAAGAUGAGCAAAAUCUUGUAAACAAUGAAGAAGAACCUCUAGAGCAAGAUGCGGAGGAGCACAUGGAUAAUAAUCACCAGUUGGAGGAUGAGCAAAAUCUUGUAAACAGUGAAGAAGAACCUCUAAAGCAAGAUGCGGAGGAGCACAUGGAUAAUAAUCACCAGAUGGAAGAUGAGCAAAUGCUUGUAACCAAUGAGGAAACGCCUCUAGAGCAAGAUGCAGAGGAGCACGUGGAUCAUAAUCGCCAAAUGGAGAAUGAGCAAAUGCUUCUAAAUGAGGGCACUGCUUUGCAAGUUCUAGCCAAUCACCAUGCAAAUGGUGAGCAGGUUCUACCAGAUCACGCUACAGAUGAGCAUCCUGACGUUAAUCACCAGACAAAGAAUGAACAAAUGCUUCUACAUCAUGUUACAGGUGCACAUGAUUUGGAUCAUUGCGACCUGAAUGGUGAACAGAUGAUUCAAAAUUUGGAUCAUUGCGACCUGAAUGGUGAACAGAUGAUUCAAAAUAUUUGUGCAGAUAAAUCUGCAGCAGAUGCGGGUCAGUUGAAGGAUGGGCAGUUGCAUUUAGGUCAGGCUGCCGAUGGACAAGCUGCGCUUCACAGUCUGGAAAAUGGGCAAACGAUCCCUGUAAUUCAUCUGGAAGAUGAUGACGAAGAACAGUCUGACACAGAAGAGUUCUUAGAUCCCAAGUAAGCCUUUCAAGAUUAUUUUGCCAUAGGCUCGAGGUGGAGAGGACAGUCCUUCACACUGGAACAUGUCCACUAUACAGAAGUGAUGCCUUAGACGCAGAUAAUGUUCUACUCUCAAGAGGAGAAAGCCUCAGUUUUUCCCGACCAUUGGAUUAACAUCCCAGCAGCUUUUCAUCGUUUACACCAAAAUUUGGAAAUAUGUGGACUGGAAGGGGUGCUGUCAAUGCACAGAGGCAAUCAAUGCGUGGGACCUGCUGCCAUCUGAGCUCGGGAGAUUCUCACGAGCCAUGCUAGCUGUCUGUGCACUCACUCACCCCCUUCUUUCGCUCCGGCCUACUGAUAUCAUCCGGUACCAUGGGAUGGCUGCAUGAUUAAUUAAGCUAGUUGCCUGGUCACCGAUCUGUAUGUUGUGCAGUAGUUUUCUCUUUAGAUCCCUAGACUAGAAGUCUCAUUUUUCCUUGCUGGUCCAGUGAACCUCCCUGCCUAGAUAUUAGCUGAUGUCAACAUUAUAGAUGUCACCUGCGUAAUAUACCUUGUAGUUCGACAGUAGCUCAAUACACUUUGGCUGCAAGCACUAAGAGUUGGUCCUA